AAGGCUAUUGAGGCGUAAUAAUAUUCUACAUUUUAGGCAGAGUUGCUGUUCUUUGUUUCAGAAAAAGUGUCUUUUUUUCUCACUAAGCGCAACAAAAUACAUCAGAUUUAGCAGUUCUUUGUUCGGAAGGAUGGAGACGGAGAAUUCAGAAGGUGCAGAGAGAACGGGUGCAGAUAUUACAGACGAUGGUUUGGAUGAUCUCAUUGAAGCCAUGAGAAGAAUGAAGAAACCAGAGCAUCUUGAAGGGAAAACUUUUGAACAGCAGUUAGAGGAGUUGGACAAUCACCCUGCCUUCAUGAAGGAAUGGGACCCUAGUAAGCCUCUAUCUGAUGAGAUGGAAGGACUGAUGAGACUCAAAUACGAAAGUGAAGAUCCCACUGCUAAAGCUGAAGCGUACAAAGAGGAUGGAAACCAUGAAUUUCAGAAGAAGAAAUAUCGCAUUGCCAUAGAUAAUUACACGGAGGGAAUUAAGUGCUUAUGUCCUGAUAAACAACUCAAUGCUGUCCUAUACACCAACAGGGCAGCUGCUCAGUUUCAUCUAGAGAAUUACAGAACAGCUUUGAAUGAUUGUAUUUUUGCUCGUAAAUUUAAACCAGACCACUUUAAGGCUAUUCACAGAGGUGCUAUGUGUAACUUACAGAUGAAGAAAUAUGAAGAUUGUUUGAAUUGGUGUGAUGAAGCUCUCAUUAUAGACCCGAAGAAUGAAAAGAUACUAGAAAUCAGACAAAAAGCUACAAAACUUCAGAAAGCUGUUGAAAGGGACAAGCGGAAAGAGAAAGCAACAGAGAAGAAAGAUCUCUCUAAGGAUUUGAAGCUCAUUCAGACAAUACAGCAACGUGGCAUUACAUUGAAUAAGAUAAAUAAAAUGGUCACUGGAGAAGAGGAUUUGAGCCCGGCACUGCUUGAGAGUGUAGAGACACACAACCCACAUGGUGCCAAGGUUCACCUAGAUGCCAAUAAUAUCCUGUACUGGCCAGUAAUGUUCCUGUACCCAGAGUAUACAGAAACAGAUUACAUACAGAUGUUCUGUGAGAAUCAGAGAAUUAUAGAUCACCUCAGCCAUAUAUUUGGUGUAGAAGCAGAGCCGGCUCCCUGGGACCAGGACAGACGUUACAAACCACAUACAAUAAAUGUGUACUUUGAAGACAGAGACAAGGAAGUGUUACACAAAGUCAAUAAAGAAUCAACGUUAUUAAAGGUGCUUCAACACAAGAGAUUUGUUGUGUAUGGAGGCACACCAGCUUUCAUCCUGACUGUUGCAGGCUCAGAAUUUGAAAAAGCUUUUCUGGAGAAAUAUAAAGAUUGAAAUUACUAUGAUUCAUUGUCGAGCAAUAAAAUGUUAGAAAUGCUGA